UGUUAUGCGGCUCCCAUUCGACGAUAAACAUUGCCAACUGACUGAGAGCGCUUUCAGAGAAGCAAGGCACGUCAGCGUGAAUGAGGCCGAAUUGUGUCUAGAGUCGCUGUUAUUUCUGCAAGACUAGAAUUAUUCUCCUAUAUUAAAGACACGCACACAGUGAUGAAACAUUUAAAAGGAGACGCAAACCUAUCGCUCUGACAUCGACCUUUACCACCGGAAACCCGUUAGCUUUGGCAGCUAACGUGAGCUAGCUAAGUUAGCUGUUACAUGUCCUGGUUUUUUUCCACGCAACUGACCUCCACCACAACACAGAGGUAGUGAGUAUCAUUUGCUUGCUAGGUUGUGGUCGUGUUGCCACUUUUAUUUUUCAUGUCCGCUCCCAUUGUCCCCGCGUGGUGCCCCUUGGACGGUUCCCGAAUAUGAUACAUAAUGAGUCAAAGAGAUACCUUAGUUCAUCUGUUUGCUGGAGGAUGUGGGGGCACGGUCGGAGCCAUAUUGACUUGUCCACUGGAAGUAGUGAAGACUCGUCUGCAGUCAUCCACCAUCACCCUCUACGUGUCUGAGGUUCAGCUCAGUACUGUCAACGGAGCCAGUGUGGCCCGUGUGGCUCCACCUGGGCCUUUGCACUUCCUUAAAUUAAUAUUGGAGAAAGAAGGGCCUCGUUCUCUCUUCAGGGGCUUGGGGCCAAACUUAGUGGGUGUGGCACCUUCCAGAGCAAUCUACUUUGGUGCUUACUCUACUGCCAAAGAGAAACUGAAUGGUGUGUUGGAACCUGACUCCACACAGGUACACAUGGUGUCAGCUGGAAUAGCAGGUUUUACCGCCAUCACAGCAACCAAUCCAAUAUGGCUCAUAAAGACCCGUCUGCAGCUGGAUGCCAGGAAUCGAGGUGAGCGAAGGAUGAGUGCAUUUCAGUGUGUCCGGCGGGUAUAUCAGACAGAUGGCCUGCGUGGCUUCUACCGGGGUAUGUCUGCAUCUUACGCCGGUAUCUCAGAGACUGUGAUCCACUUUGUGAUCUAUGAAAGCAUCAAACGCCGCCUCUUGGAGGCCAAGGCACCACAGAACAUGGAUGAGGAAGAGGAGACGUCCAAAGACGCCUCAGACUUUGUGGGGAUGAUGCUUGCUGCUGCCACCUCCAAGACGUGUGCCACAUCUAUCGCUUAUCCUCAUGAAGUGAUCCGUACCAGGCUACGUGAGGAGGGCACCAAGUAUAAGUCCUUCUUCCAGACUCUAAGAACAGUGCCCAAAGAGGAGGGUUAUCGCGCCCUGUACCGUGGCCUCACCACCCACCUGGUACGACAGAUUCCCAACACCGCGAUCAUGAUGUGCACCUAUGAGCUGGUAGUCUACAUCCUGAAUGGUUAAAGCUCCUCCCCUCCCUACCACCUCUCCCCCACUUAGACUGUACUUGUAACCCUGCCCCUGUUUAGAAAUGGUGAAAACAGAAUGAGAGCAACUGCACACCAGCCAGCAACCUGCUUGCCCGAAGCGGACAGAGACAGCAUGAUAACCUUUGUCUCAGUGACUCAUAUGGUUGUUAAAAAUAAGUUGGCAGUUUCGUUUUGUAACCAAAGGGUCUGGCAUAAGGGGGACGUUCCUCACAUUGGUUUGGGGUUCUGGGCUUAGCGGGACAAAGAACUGGCUGUCCUAUGUUCAUUUUAAUUCCAUCCUUUUUCUCCCUUCUGUUUUAUACUCUGGAAGCUCAGAUACAGAGUGUUGAAGAAAGAAUCUGAGUUAGAGUAUACUGCAUUCUGCCUCUAGCAGUACUAAUAAUGAAAAAGUAGUACAGUAAUUCUCGUCCUUACUACCUAUUGGAUAUAAGGCUAGCAGUAGGCUUUGCUGUCAUACUGCCCAUCUGUUUUUAAAAAUGUUAACAUCAUGCAGAAUUUUCUGCAUCCCUCACAGAGCCGCUGGAAGACCAGAAUAUGGCACUGAAUGGCAGUCGGUCAUGACGGUGUUUGACAAGGGCUCUCAAGUUAGUGAGGCAAAAGCAUUGCUCGAGACAGCAUAAAGGGAGGGGAACGGUGGAGGUAUGGAGACGUGCCUUGCAUGAAAAUGUGAUGUAGGCUAAGAUGCACAAUGGCUGUAGGAGGAGGCGGAGCUCUGGUUGACCUGUCUUAACAAAGAGCGUAGAAACGUAGAGUCGUACACUGGUACUGCGUGAUGUCGGGUGCUCUUAGUGAAACUUUCACAUAUCGUGGAGCUAGACUCACUCACCUAAAGGUUUUCAGUAUCCCUAAAACUGGUCCUCACAAUGCAGGAAUUUCCAUGCAUUUACAGCUCUUUACACUAAAUAUCUGCGUGAUCGAUAUCUGCUAGCAUAUGUGGUGGUAUAAGUGAAGUCUACAUUGUGACAUUGACAUCUGAACCUGGACAUGUUUGUGUUAACCAUGUGUGGAAGAAGAGUAAUCACUAACGUUCGAUGAAACUUGGGAAAAAAAAAAAAAAAAAUCCCCAAAA